AUGGACUACGUCAAGGUAAAGCUCGUGAACACAGGGGACUUCCUGCUGUCCACCUACGACCGCGGCAUCUCGCAGAAAUGCAUCGAGAUCUUCGAGGAGAAAGGCGUGGAGGUCCUGGCAGGAUACCGCGUCACCGAGAUUACCAAGAAGGAGAUCCAGAUGAAGAAGAAGGAUGGAGAGGCUGUGGCUCUCGAGUACGGAUGUGUCGUGUGGGCAGCAGGAAUUCGCCAGAACGAGCUGACUAACCAGCUGAAAGACUCCCUCAUCAAGCUCAAUGAGGGUGUUUCGGAUUCAAACGUGAAUAUCCUCAAGACGCCAGCCAACGGCAUCAUCACCGACGACUGGCUCCAGGUUCGCGGCAGUGGCGGAUCCAUCUAUGCUCUGGGCGAUGCCGCAAGCGUGCGGCACGAGCGAACGUCGCCCUACGCGGACUCGCUGUUCCAAGCUGCAGACCUGGACAACUCAAAAGACCUCACCUUGACGGAGCUCAGGGACCUAUUCCAGGGCGCUUCUGACGAGUUCCCACAGCUCGAAGAAUACGCGCAGUACCUGUCAGCAGCUGUUGAGGAGGACAAUCCUCGCGUGAACGCCAUCGCCAAGGUCUUCGGCGAAGCUCUGGAAC